AUGUCAGGACAGAUGCGGAUGGUGGCAGUGAUAGGUAUCACCGCCCUAUUCGCACUUCUACAUCCAUGCUGUGCAAAGGAAAUAGCUCCUCGCGCAUUACCAGCUCCAUUGGAAGUAUCUCCCAGUCAGUAUUUUGAAGGAAAUGACGGCCCAUGGUCUUCAUUCGAACUCCGAGUCGGCACGCCAGCACAGAAUGUUCGCGUUCUCCCCGGCACAUCAUCGACGUCGACGUUGGUCGUACUGCCACUAGGCUGUUCCUCGAGCGCGCCAUACAACUGUGCCGAUCUUCGCGGCGGACUUUUCAACUCAAGUACAUCAUCAACAUGGGACUUGAUUGGAGAUUAUAACCUUGGAUUUGAACAAAGCCUAGGGUAUGAAGAUGCUGGGGAGUUUGCUUACGAUACAGUCGGUCUUGGAUAUCAAGGAAGCGGAGGUCCUACGAUCAACCACUCGGUUGUCGCCGGAGUGGCAGGAACAGAGUUCUACCUUGGUGUAUUUGCAUUGAAUCCACGGCCAACCAACUUUACGACCUUGAACGACCCUCAACCUAGCUUUUUGUCUCUUCUAAAAAACCAAAGCUACAUCCCUAGUUUAUCCUACAGCUACACGGCUGGAGCACCCUACCGACUCAACAAGGCUCUCGGUACUCUUACUCUAGGCGGAUAUGACAGUUCCAAAUUCGAAAACACCGACUUGUCGUAUGACUUUUUCAGUGACCAGACCAGAGAGCUUACCGUGGGUCUAUCGUCAAUUACAACGAAUAUCAGUGGGGAGACAAAUACAGAUCUGUUACCUUCGGGGCCGAUCAGCAUUUUUAUCGACUCCUCCAUCGCCGGUAUUUAUUUGCCUGCAACGGCCUGUCAGGCAUUUGAGUCGGCCUUUAACCUGACAUACAACAGCACGGCGGGGCUGUAUUUAGUCAACGAUACUUUACACGAGCAGCUUCUUUCUGCUAACCCAUUUGUUACAUUCACGAUUGAAGCGGCAGUCUCCGGCGGCUCGUCGCUCAAUGUCACGCUGCCGUACGCGGCUUUCGACUUGACGGCUGAGUACCCAUUGGUGUCGAAUAGUUCCUCGUAUUUCCCUCUGAAACAGGCUGCCAAUGAUACGCAAUACACCCUGGGACGCACGUUCUUGCAGGAAGCUGUUAUUGUCGUCGAUUACGAGCGGAGCAAUUUUUCUGUCCACCCCCGUGUAUGGAAUGCCAGCGCCGUGUCUAAUAUUGUCGCUAUCGAGCCCGUAUCGGCCACUUCAACAGCGACAGCGACGGCCACACCGAGCAUCGGACCAAAGACCAGCGGCAACAAAAGCAGCAGUCUCAGCAGUGGCGCAAUUGCAGGAAUCGUCAUCGGGGCCGUCGUAGUAGUUAUAAUAAUAGGAGUUGCGCUGUGGUGGUUUUUCGUCGUCAUUCCUCGACGAAAGGCGCAAAUGGAACAAAACGACCGCCUGACGGCCAACCGUGUUACUGAACUGGAAUCCGGCUCAAACCCCAAGAAGUUCACCGAAGCAGACUCGACUGUCCUGCAGGAGAUACAGGGGAGUCAAGGCCAUGUCCACGCUGCGAGUGAGAUGGACUCUGGUGACCGACCGGGUGGCGAGCUGCAUGGGCACCAGUUAUAUGAAAUGCAGGGCAGCGAGGUCGCUGAGAUGCCGGCCUGA